AUGGCCCUUGAAGUGGGGCUUGUAGGUGUACUGACCAUGGUGGACUCUGCGAUGGGAAAGGUCCCAAUUGCCGAUGUCUUUACCUGCCGCUUGUGCCUCUUAGAAGACCCUCCUUCUCUGGGCCCCGUUUCUGGCUCAGAAAAGGGCACCAUCAGCAGCUCAUCCCGCAUGGUUAGCACCAUCUACCACUUUUGCUUCCACGCACACUACGGUUCCUACCGCUGUAAAGAAAAAUGCAUCACCCACCACUCAGACUACUGGUGUAAGGCUGACUGCGGCCAGUAUGAUUGCUGCGACUGGUCCAGUGCCCAGCUCCACAGCCCUCCGCCUGCCCCAAGAAGACAUCUGGUCCUGCCCCUGUCUGAGUCCCAGAUCCACCGGUUCUUCCAGGCCCUGAACCUCUCCUUGCUCCCGCUUGGUUUCCAUGUUCCUAAGGUGUCUGAGAGCCAGACCCAUUUUACCCCGCCCCUGGAGCUGGGUGUGUCCAUUGCCGACCUGCACCAAAUACACUUGUUCCUCAACAGUUCGGGACUUAAGGUUCUUCCCCAGACUAGACCCCGGCACAUCCCCUUCCAGAUUCUGCUCUGCAGUCCUCGAUCCCUGUGGUCUCCUAGGCCUCCUCUACACUCUGACUACCUGUGUGUGGGCUUGCCUCCCUCCUGUUCAGGCAGGUGUGACCUCUGCUGA